AUGCGAAGAACAGUCGACCAGUGUCCUGCCGACAUUGUCUUAGCACCAUCAGGGUGCCCCUUGACUGAUCUCGAGUACGCUGUCGAUGUUGUUGUAUUCCCGGAAAGCAGUGCGAAACCUCAACAUGUUGUCAACCUCGUACCGAAGGAAUCAGCUUGGAUGGAUAACCAAUUGAACUUGUCGAUGAGUUCUGUUAUCUGCGCUGUAUGCCGAAGAACAGCAGGAAGUACGAGGAAGAUACUCACCAAAGAUGCGCUUUCUGCAUUCAAUUCUUCAACAAAAUGUCUGUGGCCGACUCCCAUCACCAACGAAGUCAAGGUGCGAGCGAUUCGCCCCAUCAUGAGGUACGGAUCGGAGAAUUGGGCACCACCAUCUACAGUGAUGGAGAGGCUUGAUUGCACGGAGUUAAAGCUGCUUAGUUGGUUAAUUGGCUACUUCUGGCCUGGGGUAUGCCACAAUGAAGAUCUUUACGCAGAAACUGAUGUGGUGUACCGGCGGACACAUGGAAGAUAUCAACAUCUUGCACCGCCAUCGAAAAUGGCUAAAGUAAGUCGUCUUCGCUUCUUUGGUCACAUAUUAAGAAGACCAGCAGAUCGCCUUGUUCAACGAGUUCUGAAGAGUUCAUCGGGUUCGACCUGGAAGAAGCCACCAGGCCGUAAACGGAAGUUCUGGACAGAAGUGGUGAAAGAGGACCUGAGGACACUUAGCGUGGAUAGGCAGUUCAGACGAGACACAAGGUUUCGCAGGAUAUGUAAUAGGAAUGAAGUACGAAUGGAUUGA